AUGAAAGCCUUCUUUUGGCUAUCGCUUGCGGCAGCAGCGUUACUGCAGCCCGUUGCCGCAGACUGGCAGUUUAGAUCGCGUCCAGAUCUGGCCCCGCCGCGACUCAACAUCACCAUUCCCGCCACGGACGCUGUUGAGGAGGGCUACCUCUUCCUCGCGCCAUUUGCCGGUUUCCCCGACACUCCGACCGCCCAGUAUGGCCCACGUCAGGCCGGCCCGUACAUCUUCAAGGGCAAUGGCGACCUAGUGUGGUCCGGCUACGCCAUCUUCAGCAUCUGGUCCACCAACUUUCAGGCCGGCCGCUGGAAGGGCAAGGACAUUUUGUUCAGCUUCGAAGGUGACCACAACGCCGGGUAUGGCCAUGGCCAUGGCCACAUUACGUUUGUCGAUCAGCACUAUGAAACGAUUCGUGAGCUUCGCGCCGGAAACCACAAGCUGGUUGACAAGCACGAGUUCCACAUUGUCAACGAAGCAACGGGCUUGAUUCAAAUUUACCAGCCUGUACCGCGGGAUCUGUCAGAGUGGGGUGCCGGCCCGGAGCAGCAAUGGAUCGUGAACUCCAUUAUUCAGGAACUUGACAUCUCCACGGGUAAACUUCUGUUCGAGUGGUCUAGCCUGGACCAUGUAGCUCCCGACGAGGCCAUACUUCCAAUCAAUCCAGGCCAAGCCGGCUCUGGAUACAACUCCUCAGACGCAUGGGACUACUUCCACAUCAACAGCGUCGACAAGGACUCUCAGGGCAACUAUCUCAUCUCGGCCCGCGAUGCCUGCGCCGUCCACAAGAUCAACGGGACGGAUGGCUCCAUCAUCUGGCGCCUGAACGGAAACAGAAGCGACUUCAAGAUGGGCAACGGCACCAAGUUCUGCUUCCAGCACCACGCGCGCUGGCUCAGCCAGAAAGAAGGUGUCGAGGUCAUCAGCCUGUACGACAAUUCCGCACAUGGCACCGAGCACAACGGCGGCUCCGAGGUGCACACAGCACCGACGAGCAGUGGCAAGAUCCUCAAGCUCGACACCAGCUCAUGGACCGCCGAGAUCGUGGGCGGCUACUUUCCGCCCGAUGACCUGCUGUCCAAGUCCCAGGGCAGCACCCAGGUCCUGCCCAACGGCAAUGUCCUUGUCGGCUGGGGCUCCGAGGGAGCUGUGACCGAGUUCAGCAGCGACGGCACGCCAAUCUUCCACGCAUACAUGGAUUCUGGUGCCCUCGGUGACGGGGUCCAAAACUACCGCGCCUUUCGCUACAACUGGACUGGUCUGCCAAACGAGGACCCCGCCAUUGUUUCACUCGAGAGCGCUGAUGGCACGACCGUCUACGUCUCCUGGAACGGCGAUACCGAGACUUCCCUGUGGCGAUUCUACUCUGAAACCGACGACUUUGGAUCCCGCCAGUUUCUCGGCGAGGUGGAGCGGGAGAGCUUCGAAACGAAACUUUUUGUGCCCAAGAAACAGCUCAAGUCUGUGUCCGCGGAGGCGAUCGACGCUUCUGGCAAGCACCUCGUGUCUACUGCGACAGUCAAGACAGAGCAGGAAAUCGUCCCACCUCGUGCCAAGGGAAAGCAGCCCACGAAGCUCACAGACAGCGUGCAGGACCAAAAGUCCCUCAAGAAGUCCAGGUUCUAG